AAAAUAAAGAUUGAAAAAAAAAAAGAUAUUUAAAUUUUGAAACAGUCACAGUUAGAAUGGAGAAUAGGUGAUUGUGAAGGGUGGCAGUGGCAGACAGAAUAUUAAUUAAAAAAAGAAAAAGAGAAGACGUAGUGAACAAGAGGUGCCUUUUUCCUUGGGGUAGAAGAUUCAAAGUUCAGGUCUGAGAGAUUCAGAAGUUUGAUAUGAAUAAUUUAAUGCAGCGUCAUGAGUUAGAAGCUACUACUGCUACUAUUUGAAGUUGGAGCAGAAGAAACAGUCAAUUUAACUCAUCCUUUAACAUUGAAAAUUACCAAAAAAGACAAAAAGGUUGUUUAAAGCAUCUGCAGCUUUGGAUUCUUGCUUCUCAAGAGAAAAUCAUUUCAUGGGGUACUUUCUUAAUGGGUUAAUUUAACAGGACAUCAUUUUCUUUUGUCUUGUGGGUUAAGUCUAUACUUUUUUCUAUGAUGGAAAAAACACUUUUUCCUUCCUCUUUUACGUUUUUUUCCUAACAUUUCUUCUUCUCUCUAUGAUUCCGAUAAGGCCUUUCCUUACAUUCGACUUUAGGUAAACAAAUCAAAUCACCCUCUUUCCUUUUACAACAGUUCACUUCGCCAUUGCAUUCACUAUAAUAUUCUCCUAGGUAGUUUGGUCAUUUCUUCUUUUAUUACUUUUUAAAAUUAACUCCUUUGCUUCCUAGUUUUGUUGAUCAGCAAGUUGGGUAAGUAAAUGUUGAAUUUUGAUCAGAUCCUUUGGUUGACUUGGUUGUCAGAUGUUAGGUACCCAGUUCUGAAAAACCAUACUCUUAAACCUGGAAUUGCGUUAUCGUGUAUUUCAAAGCAAGCAAAUGCACAAAAUUUGAUGUUGAAAAGCUGACAUAGUAGGGCUUAGGAAUACCAAGCUUUUUGUUUGAAUAUAAUAUAUGCCAAGUACACGAGUAUAUGCAUGUAAUUUUGAAUAGCUUCUUCUUCUUCUGUUAUUGUAUGAUGAUGUUUCAGGAAACCGAGUGGAAUGUUUCAGUAUGAGAGCUAAGAGUUUGAUAAGUAAAAAGCAGAUAAGCCUAAGAUUGAGAAAAAUGAUUAAGUGUAUAUGCUCUGGGGAGCAGUUAAAGGUGGACGAAUUAGGUUACUCAUCGGAGUCCUUAGCAACCAGAGAUUAUUCAGCAAGUGGUGGCUUUUCUCGUCCUGGUGAAAAUGACACAAAGAUUGACAAUACCAACAUCGAAGAAGCAGAGUCUUCUCUUCGUGAAAGUGGUUAUUUAAACUAUGAGGAAGCUAGAGCUUUGCUUGGAAGACUUGAGUAUCAGAAAGGCAAUGUCGAAGCUGCACUUCAUGUGUUUGAAGGAAUAGAUAUUGCUACUGUUGUUCCCAAGAUUAAAGUUUCCAUAUCUAGAAGAUCUGAGCCUAAUAGACGCCGUUCGCAAAGUGAUGCUCAGCCUCCUAUGUCAAUGCAUGCUGUUACUUUAAUUCUUGAAGCUGUCUUUCUCAAGGCCAAAUCGUUGCAGGCUCUAGGAAGGUUUCAAGAUGCUGCCCAGUCAUGCAAGACGAUUUUAGACACUGUUGAAUCAGCUUUACCAGAAGGGUGGCCUGAAAACUUAGUUUCGGACUGUAAACUACAAGACACAGUGGCAAAUGCUGUGGAACUGCUUCCAGAGUUGUGGAAGCUUGCAGGCUCUCCUCAAGACGUUAUCUCAUCGUUUAGGAGGGCCCUUCUUUAUCAUUGGAAUCUUGGCAUUAAAGCCAGCGCAAGAAUACAAAAGGAAUUUGCUUUUUUUCUUCUGUAUAGUGGUUGUGAAGCUAGCCCUCCUGCUCUCCGCUCUCAGUUGGAUGGUUCCUUUGUGCCAAGAAGCAACUUAGAAGAGGCUGUUCUUCUGCUUCUGAUUUUGCUGAGAAAAUUUAUUCUUGGAUACAUUGAAUGGGACCCUUCGUUAAUUGAUCACCUUUCGUUUGCUCUAAGUAUUUCUGGGGAAUUCAUGACUCUAGCUCAGCAGGUUGAGGAAUUGCUUCCUGAAAACAUGGACAGAAAAGAAAGAUUCUAUACUUUAGCUCUUUGUUACUGUGGAGAAGGUGAACAUACGACUGCUUUGGAUCUUCUAAGGAACUCUCUGAAUCACAGAGAGAACUCAGACUGCAUAAAGGAGCUACUUCUAGCUUCAAAAAUUUGUGCAGACAAGAAGAUUUACACUGAAGAAGGAAUCAGAUAUUCUUUCAAAGCCAUUUCUCAGCUGAAUGGAAAGUGCAUGCAGAUGGCAGCUAUUGUAAAUUGCUUUCUAGGCGUUCUACUGUCAUCAAAAUCCAGGUCAGCCGCUUCUGAAUCAGAGAAGAGUUUUUUGCAGUCUGAAGCACUCAGUGCUCUAAAGGAUUCGGAGAGAACGAUGAGGGAGAGCGAUCCUUAUAUUGUCCUUCAUCUUUGUCUAGAAUAUGCUGAACAGAGGAAGUUGAGCACUGCUAUUGAUCAUGCAAAGAAACUGAUUAAGCUUGAGGGUGGAUCUAGUGUCAGUGCAUAUAUUCUUUUAGCGCGGAUUUUAUCUGCUCAACGAAAGUUUGAAGAUGCAGAGCUUGUUAUCGAUGCUGCUCUAGAUCAAAGUGGGAAAUGGGAUCAAGGAGAAUUGUUGAGAACUAAAGCUAAACUAAGGAUUGCACAGGGAAAAUUAAAGAAUGCGGUGGAGACAUAUACUUUUCUUCUAGCUGUUCUUCAGGUCCAAAAUAAAAGUUUAGGCACGGCAUGUAAGAAGAGUAAGGGAAACCGUGACAGAAGACUGGAAAUGGAAAUAUGGCAUGAUUUAGCCAAUGUGUAUAUGGCCUUAUCACAGUGGCAGGAUGCUGAAGUUUGUCUGGCAAAAUCUGAGGCUAUUAAUCCCUAUUCUGCUUCUAGAUGGCACACAAAGGGUUUACUUUUUGAAGCUAGAGGUCUUCAUCCAGAGGCUCUGAAAUCAUUUAGGAAAGCAUUAGAUGUUGAUCCCAACCAUGUGCCAAGUUUGAUAUCAACAGCGUGUGUACUCAGACAACUUGGUGGUCAAUCAUCUUCAAUAGUCAGAAGCCUUCUCACUGAUGCGUUGCGCCUUGACAGAACAAACCCAUCUGCUUGGUACAAUCUUGGACUGUUCUACAGAGAUGAUCUGGGGACAUCGGCAAUGGAAGCCGUUGAAUGCUUUGAAGCUGCAGCUUUUCUUGAAGAAUCUUCUCCCAUCGAACCCUUUAGAUAG